CUUCUUGUAGUUUAUCUCACAAAAGUAUACGUUGGAGGGAUUCCAUAUCGCUAUUCCGAGGAUGAUAUUCGAUAUUAUUUUGAAAGUUGUGGCACCAUAACUGAUAUUGAUUGUAUGAAGUUUCCCGACACUGGGAAGUUCAGAGGAAUUGCAAUUGUUAGUUUCGAGACAGAAGCGGCAGCAAAAGAAGCCUUGGCUCUUGAUAGAGCUGAAAUGGGUGGAAUGCAGUUGACGAUUCAGCCCUACAAAUCCACUCGAGUCAAUAAAGCGACUGGUUUUGCCCCUAAGAUGGUGGAGGGAUACAACAGAAUAUAUCUUGGAAAUCUAUCUUGGGAUAUAACCGAGGAUGAUUUGAAGAAGUUUUUCUCUGAUGGCAAUGUAUCAUCUAUUCGCUUUGGCAUGAACAAGGAAACAGGGGAAUUCCGAGGCUAUGCUCAUGUGGAUUUCUCUGAUAGUGUAUCAGUAGCCAUGGCACUUAAGUUGGACCAAGAAAUUGUGUGUGGUAGACCUGUGAAGAUAAGUUGUGCUGUUCCUAAGAAAGCAGUGCAAACUCAAUCAGGAUCUCAUCAAACGAGAAAUGAAGUCUGUAGAAGCGAUGAAAGAGCUUCAAGUAAAGAAGUAUCUAUGAGUGUCAGAGAACCUGUGGGUGUGAGUGUUGAAGCCCCUCAAGUUAGUGAAGUUGAUAACGGAGGUUUGAGCGUUAGCAGUGGUAAGCUGAGGAGAAGGACGUGUUAUCAGUGCGGAGAGAAGGGUCAUAUUUCUUCUGCUUGCACUAAAGGACCUGCAGGUGUCGAAGCACCUACUGGUAAGGAAGUACCUCUGAGCGUCGAAGCACCUACUGGUAAUGAAGCACCUCUGAGAGUCGAAGCACUUACAGUUAAUGAAGUUGAUAAUGUUGGCUUGAGUGUUAGCAGUGGUAAGUUGAGGAGACGGACGUGCUACGUGUGUGGACAAAAGGGCCAUAUUUCUUCUGCUUGCCCAAAAGGACCUGUGGGUACCGAAGCGCCUACCAGUAAUGAAACAACUCUGAGUGUCGAAGCACCUACGACUAAUGAACCACCCCCAGUUAACGAAGUUGAGAACGCGGUUUUGAGUGUUAGCAGUGGUAAGUUGAGGAGAAGGACGUGUUACGAGUGCGGACAAAAGGGUCAUCUUUCUUCUACAUGCCCAAACAAGAAAUCUGCAGAAAUAACAAAUGCAAACAAAAAUUGAUCCCUUAAUGGAAGAUUUUUCACCUAUCACCUCAAUUGCUGCGACUGUUUACACGUGACUCCUGUUGCACUUACAAAUUGGCAAAGAUUUGAGGAAAAUUGAUAGUUAUUUAUUGCUACAUGUGAGCUUCAACCGUUGAAGUUUCGCCCCGAAGGCUGUCAAAUUGUUUCCACAUUUUAAGCGUCAUGGUUUCACGGGACUGACUUUGACUUUUUUUUUGGUUGAAAAUGGAAACUUUGUCCUCAUUUCACUUUGGUCCGUGAGCUUUCUGGUAGUUCACAAACUAUGCAAGAACAUGCUGGGAUUUUGGCCCCACAACUGAAGAAAUUGUCCCAUGAUGUUGGUUUAAACUCAAAAACAAGUUUAUCCAUUUCCUAGUAAUGAUUCCUUACAUAUCUUAAUCAUUCAUGAUUUUGUCAAAGAUUGCCUCUUUAUUUUAAUCCAUGCAACUUGAUUUAUUGAAUGACAUCUUUUGAAAACAACAGCAUGAACUAUUUUCGGAUUCGAUAUUUUAAGUGAGAAGUUCUCUUAUCUCUCUGUUUGCUAGUACUUGUCCUUGUUAGUUUUCCAGGCUCUUAUGCAGGAUUCCACUUUUCCUCUCAGCUGUUUCCUUCGAUUCAAUGAAUCCUAUUCGCCUAACUUCACCUGCCCUGAAUCGAUUUUCGAAACCUGCAGGCUUCAAAAUUCAAAAACUUAUGAAUGCCUAAAUAUUUAACUUUCAUUUGAGCUUUGUGUAAAACAGCAAUGGCAGCCAACACAAGAGGGAAAUCAGAGUUGGCAAUGGAGAAGAGAUAUCAAGAGACUAGUCCCAAGAGAAACAUCGUUUGGGUCGAAAGAAAAUCGAACAACGAACAGAGUUCCCGAGGCUUACUACUUGUCUCGCAAUGGCCGACUCGAACAUCCUCAUUUCCUGGAAGUCCCUCUUUCUUCUCCAGAAAGACUUUCUCAGAGAUGUUAUAAAUAAACUGAACAACCUCCGAGGUUAUGGCAUGGCCAACAGGUUUUCCUGGUCUUCAAAAAGGAGCUACAAGAACGGAUAUGCGUGGCAAGAUUUAUCGUAAAACGACUUCAUAUACCCUUGUCAUGGACGUGAAUACAUCCUCAAAGGCUCACUGCUUUUAGAAACGUCUCUAAGCUUUCGAUCUCCAAAGGUUCCUCGGAAACAUACGGUUCGAGCAAAGAUUCCAAUGAUGUUGCACAAACCAGAAGGAAACACCAUUCAUGGAGUGAAUUCAAGGAGCUUGAGGAAGACGAUCACAGGAUCUUUAUGGCCAAAACCAACAGAGAACUUAUCAGCGAAGGCAACAGUGUGUCGACUCAGACAGAUGGAGUCAAACAAGGAAGAUUUGGGGUUGAAAUAGCUGAGGAACACGAAAUGGAGCCGAAUGAUUUGCAUGAUUCUCGACCGUCUUCGAAUUCUAACUCGGAAAUUCUGAAAGGCCUUAACAUCUCAGCGGAUAUUAGAGAUCAAAGCGUUGAAGAUGAUCGUCCCAGUGGGAGGAUCAAAGCAUCUGCAGUGCUGAUGCAAUUGAUUGCUUGUGGAUCAAGAAGGGUCAAGGAUUGGGAAUCAAUGGAAAUAAGGGGUUGAUGAGAAACUAGUGGAAUGCCAUGAAUCAUGAUGCCAUGGU